AUGAAAUCGGAAGAGGCCGUUAGUGCCAACGAUCCGUAUUCGAUUCCAUCAGACCCGCCAAUGAUCACGAAUUGCUGCCAUUUGUAUCACUCUUCGUGUGUCCAGAAAAUUUUCGACGACAACCCCCCAGUCACUGAAGACGGCAUUAAAUUUUUCAAGUGUAUGCGCGAUGGCUGCGAAACACCGAAUAUUUUUAUUCACAUGUCGACCGUCCAAGUCUCCGAACACCGCCGUAGGGUGGACAUUCCGCCAAUGCAUGAGGAUUACGAUGCGCUCAGAAAUCGUCUCGCCGUUUGUGCUGAUCUUCUGAACAACACUCGUACCGACCUCACCAUUGUGCGCGGUUAUUUGGCCGAUGCGGACAAAAACAACGCAACUCUAAAGAAACAGCUCGACGAAGUAACUGAAAAGUUACACGAAACGAAAUCGCGGUAUGAUCUGCUGAUUAAACAACGCACCGACGAGUUCUGUUCCAUCACGUCGGUCCCGUCCACACCGCAAGGCUCACACCCGCCCCAGACUCCAAAAACCGCUAGUGUUGAUGGAAAAUCCUCACCGGCACCGAAACCCGGCGGUUUAGCGCCAUCUUCCAAGGCGAACACUGCCAGUGAAAAAACGGCGCCAAAACCAUCACAAGCGACGCCAAAACUGCCCCCGGCGACGCCGAAACAGCAGCCCAAGUCGAUUCCUUCGCUGAUGUCCGUUAAUCCGGCACGUGUACCUCGUACGCAGAACGCCCCGCGACCGGAACCCUUCCCGCCCUCGCAACCGAAGCGUCCGCGUCAGAGUUCCGGCACUCGAAAAGAAGCCAACGUCCACGAACCUGGAAAAUCACCGAUGCUUCGCCAAAUUACGUGGAAAAACAAGCAACCCACCGCUGGUCGAAACCAGCAGCAAUCAGCCGCCAAUCAACGCAACGUGAACGCGGCGAACGCUCCGGCCAAUCCAUCAGCAGCCAACGCGGCGAACGCUUCGGUUGCUCAACCAGCGGCAGCGGUCCAAGUACCACACCCCGCUCCCCCUCAACCCAACGCGCCGCGAAACGACGACCAAAUGCAGGUUGACAAUCCGCCCGAAAACCUACCCCCGAGCAAGCCUGCGUCGAAAUUGGCGAAAAUCACACCAAAUACCAGAAGCGGUAUGGCGUAUCAUCGUCACCCCUUCUACCCUGCUACCCGCUAA